UCUGUGCCUGCAUGCCGAGAGUUGUAUUCUAUUCUGUUUUUCUGUUUUUCGUUUCCUCUCUCUCCUUGCCUAAUCCCCUUUGUUUUCAUCAAGCAUCUUUCGUCAUCGGAAUCAAGUCCUACUCCUUCGGGCUAUUCUACUCCUUCGGGCUAUUUCACUUCAAAACCCAAAAGGCAAAUACGUAAAAAGAUUCAAUACCAUUAUACUCCAGGAAAAGGAUCAGCGCAAAACAGAAUAUUCAGUCCACCAUCGCAGGGGAAGGUGGUGGAUGGUAAGCGACGUCGUAGGUGACCGGCUCAAUUCGCAUCUGGGGGAGUCCACUCUCAUUCAAAGGUGCCCUAUUGCUUCGUUUGAUUUGGGUCGUCAAGUAUCGAAUAAGCUAUUGUUUCAUUGCAAUUUAAGCCAUAGCCUUAUUAAAGGAAGCAGAAUUCAUAAGACAUAUCAACUCAAGGCUGGCUUUGGGAAUCGAUUAAAUCCGAGUAAUUGUUGAUGUCCACUUUUAUUGAUGAUAUGAAUACUACAACAUGACAACAAGUUAAAGGGUGAAAGCAUAUGUUGCUUGGUAAUGUAUAAUGGCUGGCUUUUGGUAAUAUUUUCUGCAUCUAUGAUACUUUCCAAUUUUGGAAUCUGAUUAGCUGCUAUUCAAUUUCAAUAACUUAUAAUUUUUUUUUUGUUUGAUUUACUUAUGAACAUUAUUUAGCAUAUUAUUGUUUUUUUUUUUAGUGGAAUUUCUGGUAUUAUAGUGUAUCAAAUGGUUUGUGGCACUUGAUAGCGAGAAUUAUAUAUUAAGUAGAGGACGAUUUGGAGUUGUUUAUAAAGGUGAAUUGCAUGCUGGGACCAAAAUCGCUGUUAAAAGGAUGGAAUCUGUGGUAGUGGGUACCUAGGGGUUGAAUGAGUUUCAAGCAGAAAUUGCAGUCCUCACUAAAGUUAGGCAUAGGCAUUUGGUUGCUCUGUAAGGAUAUUGCAUUAAUGGUAAUGAGAGUAUCUGAAAUAUCAUUUGCAUGCAAUUAUGUGCACUAUAUAGUUUGACUAAUUGUAUAUAUUAUAUCCAUUAGAAAUCAGUGAUUUUUGGCUUUUCUAUAUGUUUGGCAGCCGUACCUUCACACACCCAGAAGCUCAAAAGAAACAUGUUAUUUUCGUUAUUUGAUAUUUUUCUUUUUGAGUUACAAGCUCUUAUGUAUAUUGUUUAUCAAUUUUUUUUUUGCUAUCAAUUUUUGUUAUGUGGUAAACGUAUGAUAAUGGUUAGAUUAGCCACUGCGAAGUUGGAAUCUGUUUCGCAUUUAGAUUGAGGCUAAUCUGUAAUCUUUAUUUACAGAAGUUCAUUUGGUACGAGGUGGUCUUAUGUAUUUGAUGUGUGCUGCAUAUAUGCAUUUUUUUUAUUUCAUGAAAAGCUAUGUCUGGAGAUUAGAUACUUGGUAGGAUUUAGAGGCUUGGUAAUCUAUUGAUAAAAGUUUUAUAUUAUGCAAUUGGGUGUUUUUGAUUUUGAUUAAAUUUUAACCUGUGUAAACAUAUUUCAGAAAUAGGUGUUGUGAUGGAAUACAUAAAUGUGUGAUUAAUUUCAGGAAUUUGUUGCUGUUUUCUGUGGACUUUACAGAUUUCAUGCAAAAAAGUGUAGGCUUCAUUAUCUUGCUGUUGUUCCUCUGUUUGUUGCUUUGUGCUGUCUCCUGUCUCAAUUUCUUAUACUUAUUCAGAUAUGUGCUCUUUAUUAUCCGAGAAGUUGAGGUAUGUGCUGUCUCAGUUCCUUUUUUAUGCAUCAGUUGCUUUCAUUGAUUGGUGUCUGUAUAAGAAUUGAAGCAAUUGGUAUGUGUCAAUAAUACACUUAAUAACUGUAACUUUGUAGUCUCAAUAAUUUGCCAAUUAAACUUUAAUAAAUAACUAGCGGUGUUUAUAGAAAUAAUCAAAUAUGCUGGACAGAACAUAAAUUACUUUUCUAGAACUGUAUCCAUGUAUAUCCUCAGUACCUUGCGCUCUCUUUCCAAAACCUUCCAUGCAGUUUUGGCAGUGUCAAUAUCAGUUAUCAGUAACAAUAUCAGUUAUCAUGAGUGAAAAAGCAAUUUUUUCUGAACACCUCUUUUUCGUUCUGCAGAUUUGAGGAACUAUGUGUUGUCAGAUUCUCUAACUAUUUCAGAUUCAGGUAUGUAUCUUCAAAUAAUGUGGAUUAGUUACAUUUGGUUAUUGAAUUUAAUAAUGAUAUUAUAUCUUUAAUCUUCUAAAGGAAGAAGCUUUUUUGGUGUUUGAGAGAAUUAGGAUUUGGGUGAGUUGCUAUAUGUGAUCAUAGUGAGUUAUUAAAUACACAUCCCUGAAUAUUCAGUGUAGAGACUUAUGUUUCAAUUAUUCAACUACACACUUCAAAUUCAAUUUAAACGCACAUUUUGACUGCUUCUUAAGAGUUAAGUUUUGUGAAAUUCUAGGAUAAGAUCAGUUCUAGGUUCUUCUAUGUGAUAAGUAUGUGUAGAAGCUUGGUUCAGCUUAUUAACCCUCAAGUUAGGAUGAAAGAGGCUAAAGAUUUGGACUGUGUUUUGGCCUAAAGCUGCAAUGAAAGGCUGAUUAUCACUCUUUAGAAUAUUUGUAGCAGUCAAUUGAUAGAUAGUUGAAGUUCUUCUCAACCCUAUGUUUUAAAAUUAGCAGUAAACCCUAAAUGAAGAAAGUUUUAUUGGAAAGCUAUACAUUCAUUAUCUUUUUCUUAAGAAAUCCAAAGUAACCUUAAAGAUUUAAAGAGUAAUGUUAUAUGGCCACUGCAUGAUCUAAGUACUUUUCAAAUUUUUUAGUUCAGAUAAAUGUUAACUUCACUAUGUAUGCGUGACUUUGGUUUUCCUCAGCAAUCAUCGUUGAACAGCAAAAAAGGAGCAUAUUUUCUCACUUCUGCUACUGCUACUAUUAAUUCAAUUAAAUUAGCAAGUGGCUUUACUACAUAUUUAUAUCUGUAUAUAACUGAUCUGCUCUUCUUGAUUCCUUUUUUAAGAAGAAUAUGUUCUGAUGUUUUCCAAUUUAAUUUGAGCUUCGCUUUUGAAAUACAAUUAUGGCACCUAAACUGAGGAUGACAAAAAAAAAAAGCUCUUAGAAGGUGAUCAUAGCUCAGCAGAUUUAUGUCGUUCUGCAAGUUAUAGUGAAAGUUUAUCAAGUGAGGGGAAUAUGCAAGAAAUAAAGAAUGAUCAGACUUUUUUGCAUCUAGCAGAAAGUUCAUUUCACGACGACAGCACACAUGAUCAAAUCAUGGCAAGAACAGGUUAUUAAAAACUGUUCUGAUGCCUAAACAGAGGACAAGCAUAAGAAAGUUUACAGUUGCAAGCGGAUAAAAGUGUUGAUAAUUAUGAUUGUGUGCAAUCUAACCUUCAUACUUCAGAACAAAGUCGUAAACACAAACGGAAAAGAUGUACAUCUGCUAUAAAUUUCAACUGUGGUGCAAGCACGUCCAACAAUCUAGGAGUCGAGAAAGCUGCUUCACACGGAAAUAAUAUUGGACAAGCAUCAUAGCAAAGAAGCAAAUGUGCAGAAAGUUCAUUUCACGACGACAGCACACAUGAUCAAAUCAUGCCAUCCACUAUUAAAUGCUUCAAAAUACAAGUACACAAGAAGAAGGCAAGAGCACACAUGCCAAGCAGGAUUAGAAACUGCAACUCCUUUUGAAGACUGCCAACAGAAGAUCAGUGAAGCCAGUCAUCUACUUUCCGCUGACUACAUGACAUGCUUUGAACUGCAAUGACAUAAACCAUUUUUUGAAAAGCUAAUGGUUUUUAUACUUUUAAGCAAUGUCAAUUAGCAGCGAAUCAAGCCAUGAACAUCUUUUUGGCUCCCUACAUGAAAGUAUUUUGUAACAAAAUCAGACCAACUAUUUUUUUGUUUGUACAUAUGAUGCAUACAAAAUGCAUCUCCUAGAUCUAGGGCGAAACAAAAUAAACGUAACAACUUUAGCCCGCGGCAUCGCGCGGGUAAACUUUCUAGUAAACAAAUAAAGGGGGUGUGUGAAUAGAAAAAAUAGGUGUGUGAAUAGGAUCACCCUAAAUUUAUUAAUUUUUUGGAUGAAAAUUUGGUAAUUAAUUAGCACUUGGCAAUUGAUUUUUAUUUUCUUGCCAAACUAGAAAGCAUGACAGAUUGGCCUUCCAGAAAAGAUUACUAGCUAUACAAAGUCUACCGUUAGAAGUUGUUCCCAAUUAUUACGUUUCACCUUUGCCUUCUCAUAUUUGACACGUUUAUGAAUGUGAAUGUCACCUUCAUAUUCCGAGACCUGCAACCAGCUAGUGACAAAAUGGCCUGUGUUGUUCAAAAUUCAAAAUUCAAAUUUCAUGACAGUACGUUCUUCUUUCGAUCAAAAAUUUCAUUACGUAUUCAUAAAAUCUGAAAAAGCUUCAGUUGUUCUUGCAUCUGUUAUCUGAAUCCUCUUCGGGGUUCCGGAAAAUGAGAGGAGCUGUGUAUGUAGCAGUUGCUGCAGCAAUUGGUAACAUGUUGCAAGGAUGGGAUAACUCAGUCAUUGCAGGGUCUGUUCUUUAUAUAAAAAAGGAAUUCAAUUUAGAAAGUGAACCGACAUUUGAAGGGCUUAUUGUAGCAACAUCACUCAUUGGAGCCACACUGAUCACAACAUUUUCUGGGCCAGCAUCGGAUUGGCUGGGGCGGCGAACAAUGCUCAUUAUGUCAUCACUGUUUUUCUUUGUUAGUGGUCUGGUAAUGUUCUGGUCUCCAAAUGUUUAUGUCUUGCUUUUGGCUAGGUUGUUAGAUGGUUUUGGAACCGGUUUGGCUGUUACUCUUGUUCCUGCUUAUAUAUCUGAGAUAGCGCCACCGGAUAUUAGAGGAAGAUUGAAUACACUUCCACAAUUCACUGGUUCUGGUGGGAUGUUCUUGUCUUAUUGUAUGGUGUUUGGAAUGUCAUUGAUGGAUACACCAAAGUGGAGAUUGAUGCUCGGUGUUUUGUCCAUUCCGUCAUUAGCUUAUUUCGCUUUGACAAUACUUUACCUGCCUGAAUCUCCUCGGUGGCUUGUGAGUAAGGGACGAAUCCUCGAGGCAAAACAAGUGCUGCAAAGACUUAAUGGCAGGGAAGAUGUUUCAGGUGAGUUGGCUUUGCUAGUUGAAGGUCUAAACACUGGCAAAGAUACAUCAUUGGAAGAGUACAUUAUUAGUCCAGCCAAUGUGCUUAACCAGGCAACAACUGAAGAGAAGUACCAAAUAAGGUUAUAUGGGGAUGAAGAGGGAGUAUCACAUAUUGCUAAACCAAUAACUGGACAGAGUUUGACAUCUCACCAUGGGAAUGCUACAAACCAAAGUAGCAUCUCUCUUAAGGAUCCUCUUGUGACGCUCUUUAGUAGUGUCCAUGAGAAGCUCUCUGAGAGAGGAGGAAGCAAGGGCAGCAGCAUGCUUCCAUUUCUAGGCAGUGUUCUGGUUAAUGCUGGGGAGCAUCACAGUAAGCAUUGGGACAUGGAGAGCCAAAGCGACGAUGAGGACAAUGAAUCAGAAACAUCCGGGGCUUAUGGUGAUGACAGUUUGAGAAGUCCAUUGAUCUCGCGUCAAACAACAAGUGUGGACAAGGACAUUGCCACUCCUAAAUCUGGUGGAAGUGUUUUAGGUGUAAGAGGCAAUACCAUUCUUAAUGCUGUUGAGGCAGGUAGUACUAGUAGUAUAGAUAUUGGUGGUGGUUGGCAGCUUGCUUAUAAAUAUGCUGAGCGAGUAAGUGAAGAUGGGAAGAAGGAAGGAGUUCAAAGAGUCUAUUUGCACCAGGAGAGUGCACUUGGGUCUCAACCUGCAUCGGUUGUUUCCAUUUCUGGUGUAAGGCAAGAAAAUGGAGCAAUUCAGGCUGCUGCUUUGGUUAGUCCACCGAUGGUUCUUCCACCAGAAGCUGUUGUUAAAGGUUCAAAAUGGAGAGAGCUUUUGGAACCAGGAGUCAAGCGCGCAUUGGUUGUCGGGAUAGGACUUCAAGUUCUUGAGCAGAUUGCUGGCAUAAAUGGGGUUCUCUACUACACUCCUCAGAUUUAUGAGCGAACAGGCGUAACAGUUCUUCUAUCUAACAUAGGACUGAAUUCGGCUUCUGCAUCUCUCUUCUUAAGUGCCAUCACAACAUUCUUAAUGCUUCCUUGCAUAGCUACUUCCAUGUGGCUUAUGGAUAUAGCUGGCAGAAGGUCAUUGCUGCUAUCCACAUUACCAAUACUGAUAGUGGUGCUUGCUUUACUAGUGUUUGGCAGCAUUGUCAACUUAGGCACUAUUUGGACUGCCACAAUAUCCACUGCUAGUGUAUUGGUCUACCUCUGCUGCUUCGUCAUGGGCUUCGGGGUAAUCCCAAAUAUUCUUUGUGCAGAGAUCUUCCCUACUCGCGUCCGUGGCCUCUGCAUUGCCAUUUGUGCUCUCACUUAUUGGAUUGGAGACAUCAUCAUCACUUACUCAUUCCCUGUCAUGCUCUCCUCCAUUGGUUUUGCUGGUGUCUUUGGAAUCUACGUUGUCGGAUGCAUCAUCUCCUGGAUAUUUGUUUACUUGAAAGUGCCCGAAACCAAGGGCAUGCCUCUAGAAGUGAUUUCUGAGUUCUUUGCUGCUGGAGUAAAACCAGCUUCAGAUAACUAAUUUCACUCCCUUGAAAUUUUGGUUUGGUAACUUGUUUGUACUGAGUUGAAGACAGUGUCUGAAGUUUACAUACAUAAUUACAUACAUAAUGUGAAUGAGUUGCUUUUCUAUGGAGAUGGUUUCUUUGCUAUUGGUCGUAAAUAGUCAACACAAUGUCAAUGGGAUAAGAUUUUCUGGUCAUAUCAGUUGACUUAUCUGAUCAUAGAUCAUAUCAAAUUAUCAACCUUUCUCAUCAUAGUGUCUCCUUAUCGUAUUCUUUCCCUACCAUUGCCGGAAAAAUUGGUCUUCAAUGCACUGAGCCCCGAGAUUGUUGCCCUACCAAGCUUGUUACUUGCCCUGCCAUUCAACUUCCUCUCCCUGCAGUCACUUUCAUACUGUAUCUGAUAGUUGAUGGUUAUCACUUGUUUCUCAGAAUUCAGUGGAUUUGUACUU